AUGUGCUCCCGUCAGGACAAGGACCAGUGCCACCGGCAGCAGCGCCAGAGCAGCGGCGGCUGUCACAGUUCCAGCGGUGGUGGCUGUCACAGCUCCGGUGGUGGCGGCUGUCACAGCUCCGGUGGCAGCUCUGGGGGCUGUCACAGCUCCGGUGGUGGUGGCUGUCACAGUUCUGGUGGUGGUGGCUGUCACAGCUCAGGCGGGGGUGGCGGCUGUCACAGCUCUGGUGGCUCCAGCUGCCACGGGAAGCCACAGAUGCCGGUCCAGCAGCAGCAGCAGCAGCAGCAGGUGCCGCAGAUGCCCCAGCAGAAGAUGAAGUGA